AGAAUCUUUAUCCUCCUGGUCAGCAGGUGGCGAUAUUGUCCGUUCUAUCUUCUUCGGCGAUUUUGUGCAGCAAAAACGCCAACAUGGCGGCCCACAGAGUAGCAUGUUUAGGGUUAAAUGCCCUUUAUUCGACUAUGUGUGCUCCGAAACAGGCCAUGAGAAGCUGCUGGGGAGCCGUGGAGCAAGUGAGGGGCUACUAUGUGAAUUGGAGGAUGCUGAGGGACGUCAAGAGGAGACAGAUGGCCUUUGACUAUGCUGAUGAGAGGCUACGAAUCAAUGCACUGAGGAAGAACUCCAUCCUUCCGAAAGAGCUUCAGGAAAUUGCAAACAAAGAGAUUGCAGCUCUACCCAGAGACAGCUGCCCUGUGAGAAUCCGUAACAGGUGUGUGAUGACUUCCAGACCUCGGGGAGUGAAACGGCGUUGGCGAUUUAGCCGAAUUGUCUUCCGUCACUUAGCCGACCACAACCAGAUGUCAGGAAUACUGAGAGCAAGAUGGUGACUAAGGAUCUGCAAACUACAGUUGAAUUGAAUAAUUGCUCAUUAUUUUCAGACAAACAUUAGAAUUCUGUACUGACUGUAUUUGGGCCUUUGGGAGUGUUUAGAAAUACAGGAAAGUGUUGAUGUUUAAAGUGACUUCACUGACAUUACUGCAACAAGCGUUCAGCCCUUUCUAUAUGCAAAAGAGGACAUCAAUAUUUCCUGUAAUUACAUAUUUAUCUGUCGGUGUGUGUACAUUUAUUUUCUUUGUGAGCCAAAAUGUAACUUCACACAAAGAGUAAUAAAAAAAAUGUAGUUCUACUUUA